AUGGGAUCCAUCGACGACUGGCUAGCUGGCAUUUCUGCAGGCGAUAAUUCACACUGCGCAGCAAGGACACAUAUCAAGCGCAAACGAUCAUACCCGUUGACGCCGGAUUCCGCCUGCGAAACGACUACGAAUGGAAUGGCUCAUCCGGAUACUCCGACAAAGAGGCAGAAGAGGACUGCAGAAAAUAGCGAUUGGGACGAGACCCCAAAGGCAAGCCUAAUAAACGCGCCGGCCUCAGUAUCUGCAUCGUCGUCACCAACAAAGCGAUCCUUAAGUGGCCGAUCCAGCUCGUCUGCCUCCUCGUCUCGCCGUAAAAUCCAGGCGCUAGCUGUCAGUGAGCAAGGCAUCAUUAGGCGGCAAUUAAGCGGCCUCCAAACCCCUGGCCUUCCCGAAGCCAUAAAAGGUCCUUUGCGGAAGAUUAUAAGCCUUCAGCGGGGGAGGCAAGUUCUUUCUUCGCAUUGCAACAAGCUCGACUUCGGCGAUCUUAUUCGCGAUUUUGAGCUCUCGUCAGAUGCUUUCGCCGAUCCGGGGAACGGUGGCAGUGAGCUUUCCCCGCAAGACGUGGAAAGAAUAGCAAAAAAAGCUCGGCGCUGCUUCGAACGCGAUCACGAUGAGUCACCUUGGAACGCCGAGGUCCACCAGGAUCUGUUCGAGACAACCAUCCGCGGACCCAAAUUUGCUCAAGUUGGCCAGCCGCAGCUUGUUGACUUCAGUAUCUGGCCGGGAAACUAUUUUGACGACGCAAUGCUUCAGCUUGCCGUCUUUCAGGCCGCUCAACUCAAGCUACUACGAUCUCUUUUGCGCAAGGCUUUCCACCGACACGUCCAGCCAGAUCAGCCUCCCACAAUUCAGAAUCAUCCGUUCCUCGACCCGGCAUCACAAUAUGUGAACGACUCCCUAGCCCAGUUGGGGGCUCUACAUAAUAUUCUUAUUCAAGGCCAUCAAUGGCACUACACAGCCAUCUCCCCAGAAUUGCAGGACGCAUUCGGAGGCCCAUCUCAAAAGGCAGUAUGGACUUUCCCCUCCUCUCAAUAG